AUAGAGGUCACUGUAUAUCGCAAGGAAGUCGGAUAUUUCAGUGUUUUGUCGGUUAAGUAAUUAUUGUUGUGAAAUUAAAAUUGUGAAAGCCGAAGAUCCUGUUGAGUUCGAAUAAAUUCCCUUGCUGUAGAUUGAAGAGCAGUCUUGUUCUCUGAAAUUUUUCAGUAUGCCAUCGAUGGAAGAUUUAAUGUUCCAGUUGAAAUUCAGUGCAAAACAACUUGAAAGGCUUUCUAGAAAAGCAGAAAAGGACGAGAGAGUUCAAAAGACUAAAGUAAAAAAGGCUCUUCAACAAGGAAAUGUUGAUGGUGCUAAGAUUUAUGCAGAGAAUGCUAUUCGAAAGAAACAUGAAAGUCUGAACUAUUUACGAAUGGCAUCCAAGAUUGAUGCUGUCUCCUCCAAAGUUCAGAGUGCAGUCAUGAUGAAAGACGUGACAAAGAACAUGGGUAGUGUAGUGAAAGCACUAGACAAGGCUAUAAACUCAAUGGAUUUACAAAAGGUUUCUGCUGUGAUGGAUAAAUUUGAAAAUCAGUUUGAAGACUUGGAUGUGAGAACAUCUGUUCUAGAGGAUGCAAUGGGAAGUGCAACCUCAACAAGCACACCACAGGAACAAGUGGAUAAUUUGAUUCAACAGGUGGCAGAGGAAAAUGGACUAGAAAUUCUUGAUCAGCUCCAGGGAGCCAAAUCUGUUCCAUCAUCUUCAGUCUCAGAGAGGACUCCUGUAGAAGAAGAUAACCUUACCAAAAGGUAAAAUGGUUCAUUCAUU